AAGGAAAUGCAACGACUCAUCGCCCGAGGGCCGCUUCUAAGAGACGACGCGGCUACCCCUCCUGGGGCCCGCCGGAAGGAAGAACUUGGAGGAAGGCGACUGAGCCAAUCGCAGUGGCGACGCAGGCAAGGAACCCCGAGAAGAGGCACAUCGGGCGGGAGUGCGACGAUCUGGACGAAGACGAAGCCCAAGGAUAUCCGGUGGGAUCUAUCCAUGGGGGAAACAUUGGUGGGGACUCCGCCGCUCAAAGGAAGAGGUGGAAGCACAUGGCCUUUGUCGCCAAGGUCCAUCAGGCGCCGGCGCCCAAGCUCGGAAGACGAGAGCAAAUCCAGUUCACGGAGAAGGAUCAUUCGAACACGCCGAGUCCCCACCGGGAUGUUAGACAAACGUGCAACUCUAGAGGGGGGGGUGAAUAGAGUUGUUUUCAAGAAUGUGCGUUUUUCGC